GGGCGGUGUAAAGCGUGCAGCGAGCCGGCUCCGGGGCGGCCUGUCUCGCGAGUCGAAGCGGGUUUCAGUUCUCGUCGUUGCGAUGACGGUAGCGCACGUCACUACACCGUUUUCGACAGGUUACGUAUAGACGAUCGCGCCGAUACCACUCUCGAAACUAAUAAAUCACGGGAACUAAACGAAGCAUACCCUCCCGAAGAGAUUAUAGCUCGAUAUGAGAUAACAAGGCUGUGGCACGACAACGGUGAUUAAUUACUAAAAGUCUGUUCAACUCGAAUGAUUCGAACGGAAGCGUAAUCUUGGUGGGAUUAGAUUUAGAUGAGUAAUGUAAACAGACAAACAUUGUUGGAUAGUUCCGGAAACGAAUGUUGAUUUACUGCAUUUGAUUAUAACCUUUUAUGAACUGUAGUUAGUGUACAUAGCAGUGCAGGUGAAUGUUCCCGGAUAGGUAGGACUGGUCGGGAUGGCCGGGCAAAGGCAAUGGAUCGUGGGGCUUCUGUGGGCCGUGCUGGCUUCGGUGCUGGCUGACUCUUGGACCGCUUACCAAGAGCAGCCUUGUUGUCGCCCGGUGACGCAUCAUCGCAUACGCCACCAUCGAGAUCACAUACGGGAGUUCUCUUGUGGCAAUCUUUUUUAUCGUACUCUAUAUCUGGUUGAAGAAAGAAAUACGCUUUAUGUCGGUGCUAUGGAUCGAAUAUUUAAGCUUAAUAUGACUGAUAUAAGUCAGUCGCACUGUGAGAGAGAUGCGUUGCUGUUAGAAGCAAGUAACGUCGCUCGAUGUGUAAGCAAAGGCAAAUCAGAGCCGUUUGAGUGCAGAAACCACAUCCGAGUGCUGCAGCCGCUCGGUGACGGGGAGCGUCUCUAUGUGUGUGGCACUAACGCACACAGCCCUAAGGACUGGGUGGUCUACCUAAACCUCACACAUCUCCCGCGGCACGAGUACGUGCCAGGCGUGGGGCUUGGCGUAGCAAAGUGUCCAUAUGACCCGGCGGAUAAUAGUACGGCGGUGUGGGUCACGCGGGGCAACCCCGGCGGCCUGCCAGCUCUCUACGCAGGCACCAAUGCCGAGUUCACUAAAGCAGACCCGGUUAUUUUCCGAAACGACUUAUUUGAUUUUCGUACAGGACAAAAAAGGUUUAACUUCAAACGGACGUUGAAGUAUGACUCCAAAUGGUUGGAUAAAACCAAUUUUGUGGGUUCUUUCGACGUUGGCGAGUAUGUUCUAUUCUUUUUUCGGGAAACUGCCGUGGAGUUCAUGAACUGUGGGAAAGCAGUGUACUCUCGAGUAGCUAGAGUAUGUAAACAAGAUACUGGCGGCAAGCACAUACUGAGCCAAAAUUGGGCUACUUAUUUGAAAGCCAGGCUUAAUUGCAGCAUACCAGGAGAAUUCCCGUUCUAUUUUGAUGAAAUACAGAGUGUAUAUCAGAUGCCGGGCGACCCGAGUCGGUUUUACGCUGCAUUCACGACGGGCGCUAGUGACGGUUUAAUCGGCUCUGCAAUUUGUACGUAUACUAUGGAAGACAUUCAAGAAGCUUUUGCUGGACGAUUCAAGGAACAAGCAACAUCAAGCUCGGCAUGGCUACCUGUACUCAGAGCGCGAGUUCCUGAGCCCAGGCCCGGAACAUGUGUAAACAGCACUGAGGCUCUUCCAGAUAACGUGUUAAAUUUUAUUAGGUCUCAUCCGCUUAUGGAUUCUGCAGUGAGACACGAAGGAGAUACACCUGCUUUUUACAAACGAGACCUUGUACUCACAACUCUUGUAGUAGACAGACAGUUUGUAGACAUGCUGGGGGAUGAUAUUACAUAUACUGUCUUCUACGCUGGAACAAGUCAAGGUGAAGUAUAUAAAAUAGUGCAAUGGACUGGUGGUGGAUCCCGAGUGGCAGAUAUAUGGCGUGCUGCGGGUGACGAGCCGGUGCGCGCACUUGCACUGUCACGACAAAUACACGCACUUUACCUCGCGACUGACAACCGAAUACGACAGUUGCCAUUGCGUGCGUGUACGCAUCGCUACGACAGCUGCGUGCGUUGUGUCCUCGACCCAUAUUGCGGAUGGGACAAAGAAGUCGGAGCGUGUCGUCCGUACACGCCUGGCCUCCUCCACGACGCUACUAAUUCGACGCCAUCAAUCUGCGAAGCUAGCGCUCCUCUCAAAACCGUUCGAGCGGGAUACGGCCAAAGCGUACACCUGGCUGCUUUUGGAAAAACGCCAGAAGCGCUAAAAGAUCAGAAUGUCGCAUGGUACCACCACUCCCGGGAAAGAGGUCGUUACAAAAUCAGUUAUAAUUGGGAGCGAGUGCUACAGACAUCUGAGCGUGGCUUAGUAUUGUUGUCCGUUGUUGAGUCCGAUCGUGGUCGAUACGAGUGUUAUUUCGGACCUACUCUUAUUGCAUCUUAUAAUUUGGACAUUGAUAUUCAUAGAUGCACACAACCUAAUAAGUCCCAGGAAUACAGGCAGGUGUAUUCCGACUGGUGUCACGAAUUUGAAAAAUACAAGAGUGCUAUGAAGGCGUGGGAAUCACGACAAAUGCAAUGUUCCAAAAACAUGAAUUCAUCGAGCCAGCAAAACAGCAUGAGCAACGAGAUCGUGGCCUCACUGCGGUGAUAGGGCACAGUUCACUAGAUUAAUGAGUGAUUGCAUUGAGCGACGUCGGCAUUAGCUAUCCGAUAUUAUGUCGAUCCUAUUUCUCUUUUUACGAUAGCGAAAUUAUUACCUUUCAUAUAACAUACUUCUUGAAAACCAUCCAUAGCAAUUGUUAUAAAAUAUAAUUUAUACGAUUUUGUAAGUAACAGUGAAUAACAAAUUUAAAUAUGUUUUUAAUUUAUUUCAAAA